UGGGUUAACAGUAAGAUGGGGCCCUUUCUUUGUGGGCCGUUCUAUAUAAGCAGGGUGGGAUCAGUAGUUCAUCAUCACAGCCUCACAGACUUCACCAGAGGAAAGAAGAGAAAGGAGCUACUAACCAAGGAAAUCAUGGUAUCAGUCAAAGUGGCCUUUAUAGUGAUCGCUUUCCUUGCUGUUUGCAUUGAGCAAACAGAUGCAGCUAUGGGCUUUCGGUGCUGUCGCACAUACAUGAAAGGCAGAUUACCUUUUGCAAUCAUCAAGGGGUACUCAGUGCAGACCAUUACAGAGCUGUGUCCCAUCAAUGCCAUCAUUUUUCACACAAGGAAGGGAAAAACGUGCGCCAAUCCUGCACUAAACUGGGUGAUGGAGUAUGUUGAGCGCCUAAGGAAAUUAGCGCAGAAGGUUCACAAUGAGUCCAGGAAGUAGAGUUGACCCAUGAUUGCCUGGCUCAUUGAAGGAGAAGCGGCAGAGGCAGCUUAAGUGGCUGGACCCUUAUUUGAGCUUUGCUUGUCAUUCAGUUACGCAGAGGGUUUGACUACUUUGAAAGUCAGCGCACCCCAGCUUGUAAACCCUGCACAAAAACGAAAAGCUAAUGCUAUGCAUUGUACAUACAGGCUCACUUGUCAGAGCUCCUUAUUUUAUAUACAUAUAUUUUUGUAAUGUUCGAUGGACAUAAAAAUUCUGCUUUAAAAACUCAUUUUUAAGAAAAGAAAAAUGUUUGUAUAAAUAAAUCUGACUUCUGAC